AGGCCCGCAGGCCCAGGAGGAUGAGGCAGAUGACCAGGGUGGGGGAGGGGGCAGCCAGUCUUCCUCUCUGGCCUGAGGCUGAGGGGAGAGGCAGGUCCCGCCUCCAGGGGGGGCUGGGCUGGGCCAGGCAAACAGCAGGAUUUCCUAAGCAGUCCAGAAGGCCUGAGGAGGCGGCCAGAGGAGGAAGGCAGGAGGGAAGCUGCCCUUCAGAGCCUAGGCGGGGUCCAGUGCAUUAGACAUUUCCAAGGAGGACCUCCAGAGACCCUUUCAGUCUCAUUCUGGGACUCGAGUGUGAGCGUGUGGGAAGGAGGGUCAGCAGAAGGACAGACGGGUUUUGGCCGGAGGGACCGAGGAAGGCCGCGCGGAGGAGUCGGUCUCGGCACGUCUCUCUGCCUUUGCGGGGCCGGAGCCGUGUCUGCGGGUGCCCAGGGCGUCCCGGCUUCUCUCGGAGUCAGGAUGAACCCCUUCGCGGACACGCUGCAGAGCCUCCGAGAGGCCUUUGUCUCCGGGAAAACGCGCCCAGCAGAGUUCCGGAUCGCCCAGCUGGAGGGGCUGAGCCGCUUUCUGAAAGAGAACCGAAAUGCUCUCUUGGACGCCCUGACCCAGGACCUCCACAAGCCACCCUUUGAGUCGGAAAUAUCCGAAAUCAGCAUCUGCCAGAGCGAGAUCAACCUGGCGCUCAACAGCCUGCACAGCUGGAUGAAGGAUGAGCACGUGUCUAGAAACCUGGCCACCCAACUGGACUCGGCCUUUAUCCGGAGGGAGCCCUACGGCGUGGUCCUCAUCAUUGCCCCCUGGAACUACCCUCUGAACCUCGUGCUGGUACCUCUGGUGGGGGCCAUCGCAGCAGGCAACUGUGUGGUGAUAAAGCCCUCCGAAGUGAGCAGGAGCAUGGAGAAGAUCAUGGGCGACGUGCUGCCCCGGUACCUGGACAAGAACUGCUUUACGGUGGUGCUGGGGGGACCCCAGGAGACCUCCACUCUUCUGGAGAACAGAUUCGACUAUAUCUUCUUCACAGGGAACACUACUGUAGGCCGGAUCGUCAUGACGGCCGCCUCCAAGCACCUGACCCCCAUCACACUAGAACUGGGAGGGAAGAACCCCUGCUACGUGGACGACGACUGUGACCCCCAGAACGUGGCCAACCGUGUAGCCUGGUUCCGUUUCUUCAAUGCGGGACAGACAUGUGUGUCUCCAGACUACAUCCUGUGCAGCCGGGAGAUGCAGGAGAAGCUGUUGCCCGCCCUGCAACAUGCAGUGACCCAGUUCUAUGGGAAGGACCCCCAGAGUUCACCAGACCUAGGUCGCAUCAUCAAUAAGAAGCAUUUCCACAGGCUCCAGGGCCUGUUAGGCAGUGGCCAAAUAGCCAUUGGUGGCCAGUCAGAUGAGAAGGAAUGCUACAUUGCCCCCACAGUGCUGGUGGAUGUGAAGGAGACAGACCCUGUGAUACAGGAGGAGAUCUUUGGGCCCAUUUUACCCAUCCUGAAUGUGCAGAGCAUGGAUGAGGCUGUUGCCUUCAUCAAUAAGAGAGAGAAGCCCCUGGCCCUAUAUGCCUUCUCCAACAACUCUGAGGUGGUGCGCCAGAUGCUCGAGCGGACCAGCAGCGGGGGCUUCUGCGGGAAUGAUGGCUUCAUGCACAUGACGCUGACUACAUUACCCUUUGGGGGAGUCGGAAACAGCGGGAUGGGCAUGUACCACGGCAAGUUCACCUUCGACGCCUUCUCACAUCAUCGGAGCUGCCUCCUGCGAAGCUCUGGCCUAGAGAAGGUCAAUGGCCUCCGCUAUCCCCCCUAUGCCCAGCGUAGCCUGGGGCUGCUGCUGUCCUUGGUGGAGAUCAGCCGCAAGAGCCAGUGCACACUGCUCUGAGCUGGGCCCGCGGACUCUGCCAGGGAAGCAGCCCUGGCUUGGGGCUCAGCGACCGGGCUGAGAGGAACUUGUGGUGGGGCUGCCAGCUGCCUUUCUGUCCCGGAUGGAUGCUGCCCAGUCCUAAGUAAAGGCUUCAUGGGGAA